AUGUCCUAUUUGGGAAUUCUUGGAAAACGCUUUGGUAUUGCUGCGUUUCAAGAUAUCGUAGUUGAAGCAGGCAUUGUUGCAGUAGGCUCCAUCAAUGGUGUAUUAAGUGGAAAGCACUACAACCGGGCUAUAUCGGCUCACAAGCUGAUUUCCGAAGCCCUGGAAAGGAUGAGAUUCAAAACUUUUGUAGAUUCUCUUGCAGAAGAGGAAGGGGAAUGUGUUACAUCUUUGAUCAAGAGGCUUCAAGACAGUUUUCACUCCCAAACUGAUUUUGCAGACAUAUUGGGCUCAGAAUGCGUGGACAAACUUGCUGUGAAAUACAAUUAA